UCUCGUCUUCAUGGUUUACAUUCUCAACCAUUGUCGGACGAUGUUGUUGUUUCGCUUCUCCCCUGUUCUCCUCCUUUUUUCAUUCAAUCCACUACUUUUUCAUUUUUUUUCUUUUCAAUCUUUUUCAACCAAAAGACCAACAAUAAUUAAAGUAUUGCACUGCAUCCAAAACGGCCACGCUAAAACUUUAAUUUUAUUUGCUAGAGAAAAAUUUAUAUCCAAACUAUAUUUUUUCAAUAAAAAAAACUAG